CUGCCUGUGACGUCAAACGCAUGCGCCGAAUCCAUCCACGUGGUGACGUUUUUGCAGAGAAGAAUCGGAGCGGGAGCGGCGAUCGGGUUCUGGCGCCAGCGUGACCCCCGGCGGACCAUGCCCCACGACCCCGACCCUCCUCCGGCCAAGAGAUUCAAGCCGGGGUCCGUGUUUUUCCGCCUCGAGAGGAAUAAGCCUGGAAUGCUGCUGCCUCGAAAGGGAAAUGUGACCACUCCGAUCGAAGUCCAGAGGAAACAGCUUCCCAUCUACCAGGCGAAACCUCAGCUGGUGACCCAGCUGAGACAGCUGAGCAAUGCCAUAGUGAUAGGUGAGACUGGCUCUGGGAAGACCACUCAGAUCCCCCAGUAUCUGUACGAAGCUGGCAUCGGGCGGCAGGGCAUGAUUGCCAUCACUCAGCCUCGUCGAGUGGCCGCCAUCUCCCUGGCGGGACGGGUGUCCGAGGAGAAGAGGACUCAGCUGGGAAAGCUGGUGGGCUACACGGUGCGUUUUGAGGACCUGACCUGUUCGGAGACCAAGCUGAGGUUCAUGACGGACGGGAUGCUCCUGCGUGAGGCCAUCGGAGACCCCCUGCUGCUGCGCUACACCGUGGUGGUCCUGGACGAGGCCCACGAGCGCACCGUGCACACCGACGUGCUGUUCGGCGUGGUGAAGGCCGCCCAGCGCAGGCGCAGGGAGCUCAACAAGAUCCCCCUGAAGGUGGGCUGCGGUUGGUUGGUGAUAGUGAUGUCCGCCACCAUGGAUGUGGACCUGUUCUCCGAGUACUUCAACAAGUCUCCGGUGCUGUACCUGGAGGGCCGGCAGCACCCCAUCCAGAUCUACUACACCAAGCAAUCGCAGUCCGACUAUCUGCAGGCGGCUCUGGUUUCGGUCUUCCAGAUCCAUCAGGAGGCGCCGGCGUCCCAUGACGUCCUAGUGUUCAUGACGGGCCAGGAGGAGAUCGAGGCUCUGGCCAGAACCUGCAGAGACAUCGCCAAGCACCUGCCGGACGGCUGCAGCCCCAUGGUGGUCAUCCCCCUGUACGCGUCCCUCCCCCCGGCGCAGCAGCUCAGGGUCUUCCAGCCGGCUCCCAAGGGCUGUAGGAAGGUCAUCCUCUCCACCAACAUCGCAGAGACAUCGGUGACAAUCUCUGGCAUCAAAUACGUCAUCGACACCGGGAUGGUGAAGGCCAAGCGCUUCAAUCCAGACAGCGGUCUGGAGGUGCUGGCGGUCCAGCGGGUCUCCAAGGCGCAGGCGUGGCAGCGCGCGGGCCGGGCUGGCCGGGAGGACUCGGGCUCCUGCUACCGCCUCUACACCGAGCAGGAGUUCGACAACUUCAUCCCCAUGACCGUGCCGGAGAUCCAGAGGUGUAACCUGGCCGGGGUGAUGCUGCAGCUCAUGGCGCUGGGGAUUCCAGACGUGAUGAAUUUUGAUUUUAUGUCCAAGCCAUCCCCAGAGGCCGUCCGGUCGGCCGUGGAGCAUCUGGAGCUGCUGGGAGCCCUGGAGAGAAAAAACGGGCAGGUUGUCCUCACCGCCCUGGGGAAGAAGAUGGCCAGCUUCCCUCUGGAGCCCAGAUACGCCAAGACCAUCCUGCUGUCCCCGGACUUCUCCUGUUCGGACGAGGUGCUGAGCAUCGUGUCGCUGCUGUCGGUGGACACUGUGCUGUACAACCCCCCCGCCCGGCGGGAGGAGGUGCUGGCAGCCCGCAGGAAGUUCACCUCCAGCGAAGGAGACCACAUGACGCUGCUCAACAUCUACAGGGCCUUCAAGAAAGUCAGCGGGAAUAAGGUAGGUCUGGGGGGGGGCAGCCAGAGAGACGGGGAAGUGUUCGCUGGCUGUACCAUGACGCGCCGCGCCACCUGUCCUCCUCUCCUCCAGGAGUGGUGCCGGGAAAACUUUGUCAACAGCAGGAACAUGGGACUGGUGAAAGACGUCCAGGCCCAGCUCCGAGACAUCUGCCUCAAGCUGAACCUGAAGCUGGAGUCGUGCGGCGCCGACACGGGAAGCGUUCGCCGCUGCCUCGCCCACGGGAUGUUCGUCAACGCGGCGGAGCUGCAGCCCGACGGCAGCUACCUGGCCCUGGACACCCACCAGCCCGUGGCCAUCCACCCCUCCUCGGUGCUGUUCCAGGGCAAGCCGGCCUACGUGGUCUUCAACGAGCUGCUGCACACCUCCCGCUGCUACAUGCGGGACCUGUGUCUGGUGGACGCCGACUGGCUCCUGGACGCCGCUCCAGAGUACUUUGGCCGCAAGCUGCGCCUCUCGAAGAGCUAACGGGAGGGCAGCUCGCCGCUAGCCAGAGCCAAACGUUGUCUGUGUGCAAGACCUCAAAGGACUGCUCUACCUCCGAGCCGGCGUUGGCACUGCAGAGCUGCACGCCCAGGCGUCUUUCUGACGUCCUCCAGACGGGGAGAGCUGCACUGCUGGUGCCCGGCGGCAUUUCACCUCAACGCUUAGCGCGUCUGUGUGUUUAACACCCAGAAGGGAAUCUUUUUCAGGUUUUACACGUUAGUUUCUCUGCAUGCAUUUCCCAGUUGUCGACUUUGAAAAGUCCAAACGCAGCUCAAGUUUCAUGUCAUCAUCGAGAAGUGUUGAGCAAAACUACCCAGCAGUGUUUAGAAUGCCAUGACAGGGUAAUGUCAGCUGCUCCUUUUACUGCGAGGACUUUGUUUCCCUUCAAAAUAGCACAGAGAAGCUAUGUUGUCUUAAAACUUUCUGGCCGGGGGAGUUUUGGUUUCCUACAAAUUGGUUUUAAAGGGUAUUCUAAACGCAAAGAUGGUAGAUUUGUUGCAACCUGUUGACACAAAAACAUAAAGGAUCAACUUGAAAUAUGUUUUCACAUGUCUGUUUGACAUGCUUUCACCGUCAUAAAUGCAGCCCUGUUAGUUUGCAUGUAUUUUUUCUUAAUGGUGUGUACCACCAUUUUGUCCAAAGGUAACAUGCAUGUCAGGAGAAUCUGCAUGCCUUCUCUCUCCAAGCUCUACUCUUUAAUGUUUAUCCUUUCUCAGCCCCACAGGGACCUUUACACUGACAGCCAGUGUUUGCAGUGCAUGGAGAUGACCGUCAGUGAUCUGAUCACUCAGGUCCUCAAACGAUUCAGAAUGUAAAUCACCCCAUCCUAAGAACAGGACAAGUCUGUUUUUCCUUUCACUCUGCACUCAGGAUUGUACAAUAUAUACUACAGUCUGAAAUGAUUGCAUACAAAUUUUUAACUUUGCCACCAAAUGCAUCCAAGGUUCCAGGAGAGAAUCAUCUAACUAUGCUGUAUUUUGUUUACUGUAUCUUUUAGAGAUCAUUUUACCUCUGAGGUUUGUCAGUAAAACCAUUUCCAGAUCAACUAUAAACAUACUUGACAUGCCUGCUUGCAAUUUCUAAGACUGAAUGCAUGUAUUUGACUAGUUUAUUGAGGAUAUAUGUCAAUGACAACUUCUUAUCAUUUCUAAUAAAAUAAUAUUUU